GCCAAACGUUACGUGGACAAUUAAAUUUACAACCCCCCCCCCAAAAAAAAAGAAGCGGAUGUUCACGAUAUUAUUCGGAGGGUAUCUUCACUGUAAAAUAGAAAUAGUUUUUCUACCUCUGAUCUAUAUUUGCAUAAGGAGAAAGGGAAGAUUUUUCUGUUUUUGUCGUUUUCAUUCCUAAUCAGAACAGAUCAACACAGAGAGGGAAGAUAAAAAAAGAAUUUUGAUUGGAAAGCCUGAGUGAGAAGGGUAUAGGGUUUUGAAGGGGAUGAGCGUUGCCAUGGCCGUUUCUCCAUCGUCUUCUUCACUGGAGGCUGCGGCCACAAAACAGCAGCAGGAGAUGUCGGGAGUUGAACCAGGGACCUCUCAGUCACAACCACAGGUACACACGAUGCCAACGCCACCGCAGGCGAGUAAUAGCAAUGAUAAUAGCAAUAACAAUAGCAACAGCAACAGCAACAACAAUAAUGUCUUUGCGGCGGCUGCCACGCCACCACCUCCUGGUUUACCACCGUACACCGCUUCACAAAUUCCGCCACCACAGGUGGCACCUGUUUCAUUCUAUAGGCCGGUGGUUCAAACCCCGCCGCCGCCACUGCAUCCACCGGGUGUGUCCUCUGGACAUGCCCUGCAGCAGCAGCAGACGCCAAACCCUAAUUCUAAUCUAGGGUUUGGACAGCAGGCGCCGAGUGGUAACACUAAUUUAGGGUUUGGACAGCAGGCGCCGAGUGUUAACACUAAUGUAGGGUUUGGACAGCAGGCGCCAGGUCCUAAUUCGAACAUGAGCACUAAUCCUAAUCUAGGGUUCGGGCAGCAGCCUGCUUCCACAAUUACGCCUCCGGCUGUUCGUCCGCCAGGAUUGUUUCCCGUAUCGGCACCGCAGUACCAGCAGCCUCGGCCGUUCGGUCAUCCGCCUAAUGGUUUCAGCAGUGCGCCCAUGCCGCUGCCCGGGCCACCAGGCGCGCCUUCUGUCCAGCAGCCGCAGAUGAUGAAUCCUGCAGUGCUGGGAUCUGCACCUGCAGGCAUGCCCAGGUAUUCUGCUCCAUAUCCCCCUUUGGUGCGGCCUACGUUUGCACCACGUCCACCUGGAGGUAUGGGCGUGAUGCCUCUGCCGCGACCUCCCAUGCAAGGAGCUCGUGCUAUGCCACAAGUCCUGAAGUAUCCUCUUCCAGUCUCGGGCACAGAUCCUUUGAAAGGCGCUUUACCUUUACUCGCAACUGCAGAGAAACCACAAACAACAGUUUAUGUUGGAAAGAUUGCACCAAGUGUGGAAAAUGAUUUUUUAUUGUCUCUGCUUGAGUUAUGUGGGACGAUCAAAAGCUGGAAGCGUGCUCAAGAUCCAACAAAUGGUACCCCAAAAGGAUUUGGCUUUUGUGAAUUUGAGUCUGCGGAAGGGGUGCUUCGUGCCUUACGCCUUUUGAACAAGUUUUGUCUUGAGGGACAAGAAUUAGUGUUGAAUGUUAAUCAAGCAACCCGUGAUUAUCUAGAGCGAUAUGUUGAAAAGAAAACUGAAAGGGAAAAGCAAAUCAAAGCCGCAGAACUUCAGGAUGCUGACAAAGAGGAAGAAACUGCACCAGGAGUUGAGAAGAAAGAACCCCCAAAACCUCCACCAGUAGAUAGCCAAAACAAAGACAAUGGUGAUUCUGAAGAUCAGGAUAGUGGGAAAAAGUUUGGUAUUGUCAAUGAUGCUGAUCGACAAGCUGAUGAGAAUGCAAUGCUGAAGCUGAAAACUAUGCUUGAAGAGAGAUCAAGGCUCCGGCCCCUUCCACCGCCUCCACCCCUUCCUACGUCCACAGAUGGUCCUGGAAAAUCUGUUUCUGCAUCUGAGGCUACUGGAAGAUCCAAGGAUGCAGAUUCUGAUGUUGAAAUCAUGAAGAGUGAUGUUGCAGAUGACAAAAAUGAAGAAGACACAACAAGUGAAAAUAAACCAACCUCUGAGCAUGAAAAGCCUGAGACAAGUUCAUCCGAUAAAGGGAGGCGUUACGAUAGAAACAGAGAGAGAGAUAGAGAGAGAGAUUUAAAACGUGAGAAGGAACGGGAAUUGGAGAGAUAUGAAAGGGAGCGUGAAAGAGAGAGACUGCGUAGGGAAAGGGAACGUGAAAUGAGGAUACGUGAAGCAGAGCGCCUUUAUGAAGAACGUGAAAGGGAAUGGGAAGCCAGAGAGAGAGAGAAGGAACGGCAGAGGCAAUAUGAAAGAGAAAGGGAGAAGGACAGAGAGAGAGAGCGGAGGAGGGAGAUCAAAGACCAGGAGGAUGCCAGUGAUGAUGAGGAUUGGAGGAAAAGGCGUCACAGAAGUAGCAUUUAUGAAGAAAAAAGAAAAAGAAGACAAAGAGAGAGAGAGGAAGACUUAUCUGACCAAUAUAGAGAAGAACAAGAGAUUGCAGAGGCAAAGAAGCACAAAUAUGAAGAUACGCGGCAAGAUAUGGAGGACACAAAAGUAUUGGUACGGGUACAUUCUGAUGCACAUGAAUCUGCAGGGAUGUGUGUAGAUGUAGUUAAGGGUGAUCAAAAAGAUAGUCCAAUGGAGCAAGGUUAUGGGAGUGAAUCUGGCGAAGAAAAUAACCAGGCUGAAGCAGCAUCACGGAAUGGAAAUGCUAGUAUAUCAGGAGAUGAAGUUGCUAUGGAACAGACACUUGGCACAGAAUCCAGGCAGAAUAGUAGUGCACCUAUUAGAAAGCUAGGCUUUGGACUUAUAGGAUCAGGAAAGCGAGCUGCAGUUCCAUCUGUUUUUCAUGAGGAGGAUGAUGAAGACAUGCACAAAGAUAAGAAGAUGCGACCGUUGGUACCUAUUGAUUAUUCUGCAGAGGAAAUGCAAGCAGUGUCAGCAAAUCAUUCAUCUGGAACAGCCUCAAAUCUCGCAGCAGCAGCAGAGUUUGCAAAGCGUAUCUCUACUUUGGGUAGUAAAGAGGAGCGGGUUGAGUCUGAAAGGGAAAGAAGCAGAAAACAAAGUGAUAGAUCAGGCCAGAAGGAAAGAGAAAGUAACCGCAGUGAUGAUAGGAAUCGCAGCAAGGAAGAAAACAAUGAUAGAAGUCGAGAUAGGGACAGGAAUCGUGAGAAACAUCAUGAGAGAGAGCACAAUGUGGAGAAAUCAAGAGCACCGGAAAACAAUAAACUUUUGGAUGUGAGGCAAUUAAUUGACACUAUUCCAAAAACCAAGGAGGAGCUAUUUGCUUACAACAUUGACUGGGCUAUAUAUGACAAGCACAAUCUACAUGAGAGAAUGAGACCAUGGAUCUCAAAGAAGAUAACAGAGUUUCUAGGUGAGGAGGAACCAACACUGGUGGAUUUUGUUGUUUUAAACACCAAGAAGCAUGAAAGUGCAGCCCAUAUGCUAGAGCUUUUGGAAUCAAUAUUGGAUGAUGAAGCAGAAAUGUUCGUAUUGAAAAUGUGGAGAAUGCUGAUCUUUGAAAUAAAAAAGGUUGAGACAGGGCUUGCUUCCAAGUCAAAGGCCUGAUGAACUUCAAUUUCUUUUAU